AUGGCUCCCUCUGCCGUCUCUCCUGAUCCCGCUCCGGCUUCGAAAACGAAGAUGCUCGUUCCAAAGUCGAAGGACGACCCCACGAAAGAACAGACGCCGCUGCAAGCAAUCUCCCAGGGCGUCUGCCUCCCCGGAAUCCCCCUCUUCUCGUCCUACGACAAGCAUCGAGCUUGGAUACUCGCUCACAUGGCCGGCGCGUUCCGUGUGUUCGCGCGAAAGGGCUUCACGGAGGGCAUGUCGGGCCACAUCAGCGUUCGCGAUCCCGAGCACGCGGACAGGUUCUGGACCAACCCAUUGGGCAAGCACUUCGCUACCCUCAAAGCGUCCGACAUGGUUCUAGUCGACUACGAUGGGAAGGUAGUGGGAGGAAACACAAGCAGGCCGGCCAAUGCGGCUGGGUUCCUGAUACACUCUGCGGUGCACAAGGCGAGGCCGGACGUGCACGCUGCGUGUCACUGCCACGGCAAGGCGGGCAAAGCAUGGAGCGCAUUUGGCAGGAAGCUGGAGAUGAUCAAUCAGGACAUCUGCUACCUAUACGGCGAGGCUCAAGCUCUGUACGAGGAGUUUGGCGGCGUGGUGCUGGAUGAGGCCGAAGGCAAGCGUUUGGCUGCCGCGCUGGGGCCCAACGGUAAGGGCUUGAUCUUAAGGAACCAUGGCUUGCUGACGGUUGGAGGCACCGUCGACGAGGCCGCCUACCUGUACACUCUCAUGGAGCGCUCCUGCGAAGUUCAGCUCAUGGUCGAGGCUGCAGCUGCCAACGGCAUUCCCAAGAUCUACGUCGACGACGACGCAGCUGCCUACACGUUCAAGAUGGCAAGUGAUGCAGAGAGUCUCUAUUGGGAGUUUCAACCGGACCUCGAAUAUGAGUAUGAAGUGAGCGAUGGUGCUUUCGAAAUGUAA